CUUUCCAUCUCUUUCCCCCUUUAGAAUUUUCUUAUAACAUCCUUGUCUAAUCAAGCCAAAUUUCCCUUCCUAACAAAGCGAACGGGUUCAAUCCAAGAAAAAUCAAAAAAAUUCGAACAAAACCCACUCAAAUAUGGAUUUUUCACAUAACAUAAAGAAGCAUAAGAAACAUAAAAGUGAAAAACGUGAAAAGGAUUCGUACGGUGAUAAACCGCAAGGAUUAAAAUUGAUUUUAAAAGUGGGUAGUCAAGGAACUCCCGAACACAACACUGAAUGGGGCUAUCAAGGCCCCGGUUAUGAAGACCAAGUUAGAUCGCACCAUAAAAAGAGUAAGAAGAAGAAGAAAAAGAAAGAUAAAAAUAAAGACCGCGAAAAGAAACAUAAACAUCACCAUAAAGAGAAAAAACGUAAAAGGGAUGAAAUUUUUGAUGAUUGUUUGGAUGAUAAAGACGAUAAAGAUGAGGUUUGUAGCGAAUUGGGGAGUCCGAGUCAAAGAGAACCAAGAACUUGUGUGCUUAGACAACGACAAGAACGCUCGCCGUUACAAAGAAUGUUGGAUCAUUUGUUAAAAGCUAUCGAAAAACGAGAUCCGAAUCAAUUUUUCGCUUGGCCUGUUACCGAUAAUAUAGCACCAGGAUAUUCUACCAUUAUUUCGCGCCCCAUGGAUUUAAGCACAAUGAAACAAAAAAUCGAUGACAAUUUAUACGUCGAUAUGCAAGAUUUUAUCGCCGAUUUUAAAUUGAUGUGUACAAACGCGAUGGAAUAUAACCAUAUUGAUACGGUUUAUUACAAGGCGAGUAAAAAAUUAUUACACGCCGGUUUAAAACUGUUCCAACCUGAAAAAAUGGGUUGGGUGAUCCAAUUAAUACCAGAAUUAACCAGUAAAGAUUUCGGGUUUGAGAUUCCCCCAGAAUUAAGAGCUGGGAUUCAUCAACAUAGUCAAGAUGGGGAUGGUUUUGGAGAACAUAUUAGUAUUAGAAAGCGGAAGAUGCCACAAACUAAAUUUGAAGCUGUUCCUGAUGAUUUGGAACCUGAGGAGAUUUUAGCGAGGGCUCAACAAGCAGCGAGGGAAGCCAGAGCUAAGCUUGCUCUUAAAGGGGGAGGUCCAGGAAUGGGUUUUCUUAGACAACGAGAGGAUGGGACUACUAAUUUAAAUAUUUUGGUUGGCGGAGAUGGAGUGAUUCCGGGUACAAAAAAGCGUCCUGUUUUACUUGGAGCUUUAACCGGGAAAUUAACAGAAGGAACGGGACAAAUUCAAGGUUUUCGCGAGGACCGUCGGAACGUAGCAAAGCCUGUUAAACCCCUUUAUUACGGUGCAUUCGGUUCUUACGCCCCCAGUUAUGAUUCGGCAUUCGCUAAUCUUACAAAAGACGAAUCUGAUUUAAUUUAUCAAACUUACGGCUCGGAUACGGCCGUGCAAUACGCCGAAAGUCUUGUUGAUUUCACAAAAGAUAGCAAUUACGCCACCUAUCUUGCGGAUAGCUUACUAGAUUUAUUCACUGGAAAUGAGCACACAAAAACGAAGAAAGUUUUGGAUGAUCAUAAAAAAUUGCGGGAGGAGGAAGAAGCGGUUAAAGUUGUUUUGGAAACGAAACCACAACAAAACGUUAGCAUUAAAUUAGAAGAUUUGCGUUCUUUGGCUAACGAUGGGAUUGAUGUUGAAUUUUUGGACGACAUGGCAGCUGACAUAAAAACGUUAGAAACGCAACAAGAAUUACAAGUGAAGUUAGAUACAAUGUCACAAUUACUAGAUAAGCUACAUAAAGUUCAAUAUCAACGAUUAUCUUUGCCGCUCCCCGCACAUUUAUCCCAAAUCCCCGCUGUAUCUGAAGAGGAAAUAAAUCUAGCUGAAAACAUUACCGAUAAUUUAACAGAUAUAGCGAAAAAAGUGAAUCCCGGCGAUAUCGCUUCGAUUCCGGGGGUUCGAAAAGCUUUGGGGGUCGCCGUUGAAAAUGAAACGGACGUUUCCGAGCUGGAAUUAGAGUUGAGGCAAUAUUUGGAGUGCGAAUCGAAUUUGUGCCCAUCUCCUUUAAAGAAUGACAACACUUUGGAAGAUAUUUUAAUGGAAUAAUUUUAACGAAUAUAAUUAAUAUUUGAUGGUGUAGAUGUUUAAGAAUAUUUAAUUGUUGAAUUGGUGUUAAUGUAAGAAUUUUAGAUUAAUGUGGAAGAAUAGAAAAUGCGUAAUUUAUU